AAAGGCGCAGUCGGGAUUCUCUAUUCUCCUGUUCCAUCGAAACUUUGGCACAGUCAGUGUCAAACUAUUUACUGAUGUGUUGAACAUGAAAUAGAUUUGUUUGUUUAGAUUAGCGUCAUUCAAAAUGCAUUAGUUUCUUAUUUAGCGCUAUCGAUUUAAUAGGUUAAGUUUCAGUGAUCGACUCUCUGUGAUUGGUGUAGUGAUCCACAGUGCUACAAUUCAAAAAUAAACACGACGUCACCUUCGACCUGUGUAACUUUGGAAUGCGACAAUAAAUAUUCCCAAUUGAUCUCAGAACACAAGCAUGGAAGAUAGGGAAAAUUCAGAUGGUGAAGAUUCCUUGGACCCUAGGAUUCAAGUUGCUUUGGAAAAAUUGAACUCUAGUACUGAUGAGAUCAAUAAAUUAGAAAUAGAAUACGAUGAGGCAAACACAACAUUUCGCAUGCUGCUCAAUGAAUCUACAAGAAGAUUGAAACUAUUGUUGAAGAAACUUGGUAAUUGUAUAGAACGAGCUAGACCUUAUUAUGAAGCCUCAGAAAUUGCGAAAAAAGCUCAGGUAGAAUGCCAGAAAGCAGCUGUGGCAUUCAGAAAAGCUAAUGAAAUACAUGCAGCUGCAAAGGAAACUGUAGCCUUAGCUGAACAACGAUUUAUGAGCAAUCAACACGAAUGGCAAUUCGAUAACGCUUGGCAGGAGAUGUUGAAUCAUGCCACUAUGAAGGUUAUGGAGGCAGAAAACGACAAGGCCGAAAGCGGAAGAGAACACCAAAGGAGGGCGACAAUCUUCAAGGCCGCCGAAGAACGGCUGAAAUUCCUGGAGGACAAGCUCCAACGCCAUAUCAUCAAGGCCCGCCCCUAUUUCGACGAAAAAGCUCUAUGUCAGGAGCAGCUCAACACCCAGAAGGAGAGGAUAGACGCCAUCAAAAAAGACAUAGCCAGGACGAAAAACAGCUACUCCCAAACCCUAAAAGAGCUCGAACAGAUAUCCAACGAGAUCCACGUGAAAAGAAACAAUCUGAAGAGCGAGCACGACCUGUUGAAACGACCCAGAGAGCCAGGCGUAGGGGCGGAGCUUACGGAAGAAGAAGACGAUAAAUCUGUGGUCUCGACGGUGUCGAAGUGCAACUCCCUAGAUUUCAACCUGGAACUGGACAAGUGCGAACUGAGGAGUUCCAGCUCUAUGAGCGGCGUUUCCGAUGAGAUCGAAGAAAUAGAGAACUUCGAGGAUAAUUUAGACGAUCUGAAACAUAAAGUGAAACAGUUGUCUGUAAGACCUGCCAACGGUUGCGAGGGAAAAUGUACAGAUGGCGUUUGGGAAUCUGAGCUUCGCACCGCGGUCGAUAAGUUAGAUCACAUGAUGUUGAUGCAGGAGUGUGCCAGAGAGUUGGAUAACUACAAGACGGAAAUCAAGAUGGCGGAAGGUAGCAGAGGCGUGUCUACGGAAAGGGAGAGUGUCCGAAAUCAAUAGGGCGUGAACAUUUUGUUGUUUUAAAGGUGUUUGUAUCCUGGUCGCCUGGUUGUUUUGGAAAUAGCGGUUCCUAUUUCUCCUGAACAAACUUUUUUGGUUUAUUAGGAGCAUUUUUAGUGCAAAAUCAUUUUAAUAUGUACCGAUUCACAUUUUUGUGGAACGAGAAUAUAAAUAGGGAAAUUUUGCCAAUGGCAGGCUGUUUGGCCAACUAAACACCAUAAAAAGUUAAACCUCGAGCUACUACAAUGCUUUUAACUUUGAAAUAUAUUUCUAAAAUCACUUGCAAUAUUGUGUAAAUAAUUUUUCAAAGUUAGUCGUGUUAGGUUUAAACUUGGGAUCUGAACCAUAGUACUCAGUGUUUAGUAGCAAUCUAACAAUGGAAUGUAUUAAUUGGGUAUAAUAUGUCACCAUAUUUUGAUGAGACGCUUGAACUUUAAUUGACAAUAUUUAGGGAAAAACUUUUAUUUCGACACUUUUUUUGAAGACUAAAAAUGUAAGGUAUUAUUUUUCAACUACGAUAUGUGAUGUACAAAUUUUAGUUUUUAAUUUUGUGUGAUCUUAACACAUGUUGUGUAACUUGGUUUUAUCCUUUUAUUUAUUAAAAUGAUUUAUUUUAUAGAA